AUGAAAAAAGCUACUUUUAUUGAAAAAGUUGCUAUUCAACUUAAUGAUACUCAUCCAGCAUUAACUAUUGCUGAAUUAAUGCGUUUAUUAGUUGAUAUUGAAGGUUUAAAUUGGGAUGUUGCAUGGGAUGUAACAAAACGAGCAUGUGCAUAUACAAAUCAUACACUUAUGCCUGAAGCUGUUGAACGAUUGUCAGUUGGUUUAUUAGAACAUGUUUUACCACGACAUUUACAAAUAAUUUAUGAUAUUAAUUUACGUCAUCUUCAAGUAAAAGCAAAAAAAGACUUUUGCCGUUUUUUUUUUGAUUUUAUAUUUGUUGAAAUUUCUUAGGAAGUUUCUG